CUCCACCUCCCUCGCCGGCGGUCUUUUAUAUGGGUUUUCCUCUCACUGUUCCCUUGUAUGCUUCUUACGCCCCUUUCGCUUGCAAUUUUUCUUUCAACGAUAGUUUUCUCUCUUCUCGGCGGAUGCCCAAGAUGACUUCUUCGUGCCAGAAACGCGAAACCCAAACAAGAAAAGAAGAUAGUGAUAGCAAGAACAACAAUGACAAGACCAAUAAUACUGCAUACUUUGAUGUCUAUGGGCCGGAAUGUGGACACGUUUUUUCCAGCUAUUCUCCAGAAGUUGGGUCAGUCCUCCUGACCUUCCAUCUCUUUUGGCAUCUUGGUCCUCAGUGGGUUUAUCUCCUAGAGGAAAAGUUUUAUGCGGUCUUCUUCCUUUUGCUCUCUGCUGGGGGGUCUGGAAGGAGAAGAGGAAUAGCUGAGUUUUUGAAAAUAAGGCAGUGCCAAUCGAAGGUGUUAUCAGCAAAAUAGAGUGGCUGUUGGUGCGGUUGGCAUGGGUUUUAUCUCUCUUCAGUUCAGUGGCACACUGUUGGACAGUUUCUUUAAUAGCUGGAGUUCUAUCAUUUUCUUUUUGUACAUGUUGUUGAAGGUGGCUGAAUGAAAUACUUUUUACACUUGCCUACCAAAAAAAUACGGUACAGAAAGAGGAAACUGGCUCUCUAAAGAUGUGGGAAAUGUCAGUGGCAGCUUGCUGUGGAAAGGAGUUCUUAGAGAAAAAGAGGUUCCUGCAGGGUAUUGGCUUCAAGCUUGGUAAUGGGGCCAGACUGAGUUUCUGGGCAUGAUACCUGAUGUGGGCCUUUGCCUCUGGCCCAUGCUUUCUCUCACCUUUACUUCUAAUUGGAUAACAGAGGCCUUUCAGUUGCCCAAACUAGUCAAAGAAUCGGUGGAAAGUUGAUAAGGAUCUCCCCCCUCCUGAAGUUAGUUCUGCAGAAACUUCCAAGACUGGGAGAUGGAGAGUGGUCGUCUUUUCUGUCUUUGCUGAAACAGCAUUCAAUUGUGGAAGAUUGUGAAGACUCUUGGAUGUGGAAGUGUGACAGAAGUGAGUACUUUUCAGGGAGAUCCUGUGCCGUGCUGUCAAAUCAAAACAACAACAGGUCAAGGUUGGACCCCCAUUGGUUAAUUUGGAAGUAACACCCCCUCAAAAGUUUCUUGCUUGAUCUGUUCUCUAGCUUUGGACAGAAAUCUGACCAGGGAUAUCCUGAUCUCAAGGGUGUAUUCUGUGGGGACUCUCUGGAGACUGCCAAUCAUCUUAUCAUCCGUUGUAGCUUUUCUCAAAGAGUUUGGUUGCACUUUAUGUAGGCCACUGGUAUGUUUUGAUGUUUCCUGGUUCUAUCGUAGCCCUGCUAAGCUCUUGGGGAAUUGGGGGCCCUAGUAGUAGAGUCUGAUCCCAGCUGUGGUGAUAUGGGUUAUAUGGUUGGAGAGAAACAACAGGAUCUUCAAAAGCAAGGCCUGUGAGGAAGAUGAAAUUCUUUGCAAGAUAAGGGGCAAGAUUGCUUCCUGGUGCUCUGCUGCUAAGGAGUUUGCUUCCUUGAACACUUUUAUGCUGUUGAAAGAGAAUAGUCUGUAUAACAUUUAGUAUUUUGCUUCUAUUUUCUCUUUUUCUGUUUCUCCCAUGGCUUUUCCCUGUGCAGGGAUGGGCCUUGUUGUAUUUCUAUCUGACUUGCAAUAAAGCUUAUCAUCCGUUCUAGUGGGAAAGGCAGAUGUUAUUUUCAAAACCCCAGAAGCUCACUCAACUUUAAAUCUACAGGAUGUUCAAGGACUUGUCACAUGGGUUUUUGGUGAAGGAUUUAUGCCAUCUUGGGUCUUUAUCAAAAACAAGCCUCUUAUACCAAAAGUGGUUCUGCUUUAUAUCCCGGGCCUUGAUGCAGCUACGUACAUGGCCUAUUCCAGUUUAUUUACUGGUCUUAGAGAAAGUUGUGGCAAUCCAAGGGCAGUUUUAGCCCUUAGCUGUGUAUCAGAUGGAAUGCAGACAAUAGAUGCACUACUAACAUGCAAACUGAAAAGAAAGCGUGGAGAGAUCAAUCCAGUUUCCCAGAUCUGUGAUCAAACACGUGAACAAGGUAUUUGUAAUUCUAGUUCACAUAAUCCUUCCUCUUUGGGAAGUAUGAAGGAUCUACCAUUUCCAGUUUCAUAUUACACACUUACAGCAAAAGAGCUAGAAGAUAAUGGAUAUUGUUGCAAGGAACCAGGUGAUUUAGGUUUUGUCUCAACUCUUCCUGCUCCUAUAGGAUCUUCCCCAUAUGAGAUGCUGGGACUUGACUGUGAGAUGUGUGUCACUGCGAAUGGGUUUGAACUUACAAGAGUGACAUUGGUAGAUAUUGAAGGACAGGUUGUGUUAGACAAAUUGGUUAAACCUUCCAAUGAUAUAAUAGACUACAACACUAGAUACAGUGGAAUCACUGCUGAGAUGCUGGAUGGAGUGACUACAACUCUUAAAGAUAUUCAGGAAGAGUUACUAAAGCUUGUUUACAAAGAAACAAUCCUUGUUGGGCACUCUUUGGAGAAUGAUCUGUUGGCACUGAAAAUUUCUCAUGAUAUGGUGAUUGAUACUGCGGUGUUAUACAAGCACCCUCGUGGUGGACAUUUCAAGACUGCUUUGCGAGUUCUUGCCAGGAGGUUCCUCUCCAGGGAAAUACAGGGUUCAGGAAAUGGGCAUGACAGUGUUGAAGAUGCAAGAGCUGCAAUGGAAUUAGCACUUUUAAAGAUUAGACAUGGGCCUGAAUAUGGUUCACCUCCAACAUUCAUGCGGAAGAAACUGGUUACCGUUUUGAGUGAGAAUGGCAAAACUUGUUCUUUUAUUGAUGAUGUUUCCAUAGUGAAAAGAUAUGCUGCUGGUUCAUGCCAUUCAUUUCCUAUAUGUUCAGAUGAUGAAGCUCUUUUGAAGGCUAAAAAGGAGGUCAAGAAUGAUAAGGUACACUUCAUCUGGACUCAAUUUUCAGAGUUGAAUUCCUAUUUAAAGGGACAAGCAGAGGACACAGAGAAAUUGAAUGCAAAAAUUGCAGAGAUGAUGUCAUUGCUUACAUGUCAUAACACCUCUACAAAGAGGAAAGGCAUCAAGUGCAGUCUGACCUCUGAACUGAAGGACAUACUAACUUGCAUGGAUUCUCGAAUUCAAAGCCUCUAUGAUAUGCUACCUAUUAAUACUAUGUUUAUUGUAUGUACUGGUCAUGGAGACACAUCAAUUGUCCAAAGGUUGAGGAAAAUGCUUGUGGAACAGAGUGAGUCCAUAACAUGCCGCGAAAAAUUUGUAAAGGUAUUAGAAGAGCUCCAAGCCCAGGCUGAAGUAGCUCUGUGUUUUGCAAGUAUCAAGCAUUGAUUGACGUUUUUGGACAGUUCGAAUUCUUUGCUCGGUUAUUCUAAUGUGGGAAGAUGCUUUGUAUCAUAGUAUUGUUUAUUCUAUUCAUCAUGCAAACAGCUAAUUCCAUUAGAAAACAGAUGCAUGGGGUCCUCACAAUUUGAGGCUACCCAUGAGGUGAUAAUAUGUAUUGAUUACGGUGCUAAUGAUGAAAUUGUUUUUUGUGUU